AUGGGCCUCCUGGAUAGCUUCCGCCCCUCCCCGCCCGCCGCCAAGGAGUCAACCUCCAGCGACGCGGGCGCAUCAUCGUCGGAGCUCCUGAGCGAGGAGCCGGACGGCCUGCCGCACUCUGGGCCAGGAUCCAUCCAUCGCGGUGGAUCCCAGCCGAGGUUCUACGAUCCCUACGAGGGCCUGUCCGCCGCGAUCGGAUCGCAGCCGGGUGUGCAGUUCAGGCUACCAGAAGAGCCUGAGUUUCUUUUCGUUGACGAUGCGAGGCAGCGCCGGCGUAGCUGGAGUGAGAACCUGUGCUACUACGCUGGUGUUGGCUAUCUGGGAGGUGCCAUUGCAGGGGGUGCAUAUGGCUGCACCCAGUUGGCAACAAAGCAGUCAGAUGUCAUGAUAGACAGCAACCGAGUGAAGAUCAAUCGGUUUCUGAACAUGACAGGUCGCGCAGGCAAAGCAUCUGGAAAUGCCUUUGGUGUGCUUGGCCUUUUUUUUGCUGCUUCGGAGAGUUUAAUUGGGCAUUACAUCGAGGGUUAUGUGCCAGAUGCAUUUGCGACCUUGGCGGCAGGUUUUACAACUGGGGCCCUAUAUCGCUCCACCAGGGGUCCCAGGUCCGCAGCUGUUGCCGGGACGGUGGGAGUCGUCGCUGCAGCUGCUCUGCUGGCUGGCAGGCAGGUCAUACGGGGAUUGUAG